UCGGACUCGGGAGGAGCGUGCCAGAGGUGAAGAACUGAGCACCACAAAACACCACAGAGCCUUUCCAUCGCCCCAAGAGCCGCGGGGGCGCAAUGAGACCCUCACUCCGGCUGGGGAAGAUAAGCGGAUGUUUCGGUCUAUGAGGACUAAAAUGCGGUCGAAUUAAUAUCCCCACAUAUCCGUGAUUUAAUAAGAACAGAUUUUGCAUUAAUAUGGCCGUCCGCAGCAACACCUUGACGCCUUUUUCCAUCCAAGCUAUUCUGAACAAAAAGGAGGAGAGCCGACAUUUGAAAGAUUUGGACGUGUGCUUCCCAAAGACAACCUGUUGGAAAAUAUUCGGAGAACUGGACACGGCCACGGAGGAUCUGUCGUCUCCGUGUAAAAGUGAGGAGGGGGCAUGUAUAGCCAGCGACCGUAAAAGUUACGACUCCGACUCGGGUCUCAGCGAGGAGAAUGACAGCAAGUCGCUGGCCGUUUGUAAAUCGGAAAAAGUCGACGAUCGCUCGGCUUCAGACGUUCUUGAAGGCAGCAUACAAGACGAAACGGACCACGAGUCUACUGCUGUGGACAAUGCAAAAGGUUUAAGCGACUGUGAGCUUUCCGUAAAUGUAUCUGAUUCCAACAUCCUGGACGAGUCCAGCUGCGAUAAAGGCUCGGAUCAGCCCAAACAGAGGAAGAAACGCUCGAGGGCUGCGUUCUCUCACGCGCAAGUAUUCGAGCUAGAGCGGCGAUUCAACCACCAGAGAUACCUAUCCGGACCUGAGAGGGCCGAUCUGGCGGCCUCCCUGAAGCUGACGGAAACACAGGUCAAAAUAUGGUUCCAGAACCGCAGGUACAAAACCAAACGUCGUCAGAUGGCCGCCGAUUUGUUGGCGUCGGCCCCGGCUGCGAAGAAAGUGGCCGUGAAGGUUUUGGUGCGGGACGACCAGAGACAGUACAACCCAGGAGAACUGCUCAGGCCCCCGCUCCUCUCCCUGCAGCCCCCGUAUUAUUAUCCUUACGCGUACUGUCUCCCAGCGUGGACACUCUCCGCUUGCGCAGCAAAUCAAUGAAAAAGGA